AGACGCGACACGGGGAGACCAGGAGGCGGGGGACACGACGUUGACGACGACAUCGACGAGAACCUUCCGUCCGCUUUUCCGAACUGCUCGGAACGUUCCCGGAUGAGACUCCUACGCGUUUUAUAGAAGACUGGGUAGCACGAACACGCAAGGCCGGGGAGACCUCGGGCUUGAUAGUUUCCGCUUCCGGUGCCAAAGGGCGAACGGAAUGUAAACACGGGACCGCGGAGUGGGUUUCAGGAUGGCCUCCUUUGGGUGGAAGAGGAAAAUUGGUGAGAAGGUUUCUAAGGCCACAUCCCAGCAGUUUGAAGCCGAAGCUGCUGAUGAGAAGGCUGGAGGUGAGAAUGAGAAUGGAAGCUGGCUUCAUGCUAGUAAACGGAGGAAGGAGACCCUCCAGGAAGGCUGUGCUCAGAAAAGCAAGCAGCUGAAGGAUGAAGGAGCCAGUCUGGCUGAAAAUAAAAGAUACCGGGAGGCAAUUCAGAAGUGGGAUGAAGCACUGCAGUUAACCCCUGAUGAUGCUACCCUUUAUGAGAUGAAAUCACAGGUCCUAAUGUCUCUUCAUGAAAUGUUUCCCGCAGUACAUGCAGCGGAAAUGGCUGUCCAGCGAAACCGACAUUCAUGGGAGUCUUGGCAGACUUUAGGUCGUGCUCAGCUUGGAUUAGGAGAGAUAGUCUUGGCAAUUCGAAGUUUUCAAGUAGCCCUCCACAUCUAUCCAAUGAACCCUGAAAUAUGGAAAGAAGACCUUUCUUGGGCAAGAACGCUCCUGGAGCAACAGAAGGUAGCACAGAGUGUUGAAAAACGUGAAGCCUCACCUGAAGGAACACACAUUUCGCCAAAGUCCAUCCCUGACUAUGACUUUGAAAGUGAUGAAAUUGUUGCUGUUUGUGCAGCUAUUGCAGAAAAACAGAAGUCAGUGUCAGCAAAUAAAACAAUGGUUAUUGUGUCAGCUUCUGGGACUGUAGAGACUGUGACGGAGAAGGAAGAGGGUACCACCCCACCAGAUGGCUCUGUCUUUAUCAAAGCCCGAUGAAGCAUAAACAGAGAUGUGUUUGAAGUUUUUUGGGGGGCGGUUAGAUGACAUAGGGACAUUUACUCUGGGUAAAGAGGACAAAACUCCUGUUUGUAAAAUGUUUUUCAGAUGAAGCAUAUAAAAAUUAAGUGGUAGAAUUAUUCUGUAGUGUUUGGACUGUUUUCAUAAGUUUUGAUUUGUAUUUUAGAAUCUUAAGUCAAAUGUGUUUUGAUUGAUAAAUGUUUAAUUCGACUAUAAGAGUGAAUAAAUUUUAAAGACACAACUUGAAAAGUGUGUUCUUGAGUAGUGAGUAACUUUAUAACCAGUGUUAUUAAAAUGUUGAUUUGCUGACGUUUGUUUUAUGAUAAAGGAAGUGUGUGAUUUCUUUCCCUCCUAGAAAUUUAUUUGUGGAUACUGUUUAUUCUUCCAUUUUUCUAGCUUCACUAAAGUGAAUUUUCAGUUUCAAUAUUUCUGACAUUCAUUUUGUUCAAAAAUAUAAUUUGGUUAUAUGUGAAACCUUUGAACGUAUGGCUAAAAAUGUAUGCAAGUGUGUCUAUCCUCAACAUUUUUUGAAGUUACUUUGCAUUCUAACUUGUACUUCUGUUUUGACUUUCACAUAACAGCGCUAGAUGUCUUCUUGAGCAUUGGCUAAUGUGUGAAAUACUGAUACAUGUCGCAGUGAGGGCUUCAUUUUAUUGUGAAGAUGGAAUAAUUUCUACUUCAAGUCAGUCGUUUGUAAAGGUGAACUGCAUUUGCAUAUGUGUCAGCAAACUGUGCUAUUAUACUAUUAUCCCAGUCAACCUAGAAUCUCUGCCUUUUUACAGGGGGGUGGGGGGUGGGGGGUACCUAAGGCCUCCAGCAUAGGCAAGCACCCUGCUCCUGAGCUGUGUCUUCAGACUUUUUUUUUUCUUAGUUUCAGAUGUCAAAGAAUCUUGAAAACACUUAUUUUUCUUUUUGUGAGAGAAACUCUCCCUCUCUAGCCCAGGCUGGCCUCAAACUCAAGGCUGGGUUACUGGAGUGCUGUGGUUAAACUGGAGUGUAGUAUGAGCUGCCACGCCUGCUAACAUUUCUUGCUUGUAAUUUUCCAGCUGAUGAUUUAGAAUUAUUUUUCUAAAUAACUUUUUUAAAGCUAUUCAGUGAAAUGAAAAAUUACAAUUUAAAAGAGUGUGACUAACUUAAGCAAAAACAUACAGAAACUGGAAUGUGAUUUAUAGUUCAGUCCUAUGAGUGGGAGGCUAUGUUAAAGAAGCAGUUUAGUGUCUGGUAUGUAGCAAAUGCCGUAGUUCCAGCACUGCUAAGGCAGGAAUGUUGCAAGUUCAAAGCCAGCCUGGGCUACAUUGCAGGUCCUGACCUCACAAAACAAAACACAAACAGUGGAAAAUAAAACAACAAAUGAAGAGUCACGUUUGCAUUCACUAACCAUCAGUUCUAUCUAUUGCUGUGAAUUAGGGUUUUUGUUCUACAUACUGUAAUACAAUCAUGUACAAUUGUUGGGUGCUGUUGUUUCUGAUACUCAAGAAGAUAUUAUUAGUGCAAAAUUAUUUUUUCCUGUUAGUGCUGAAAGCCCCUCUGUGUUAGGGACUCUUACACUGUUGGAGCAUGUAAGUAAUGGUCUACGUUUUCAUGCGAAUGAUUUUAAGUAUUUGUUUUAGAUAAAUGUUUAAUUUUUUUUUCUUUCAGAGUUGGAGAAAUCAGCAGUUGCCUUAAAAAUUAUUAUAUUUUCCUCCUAGAUUAUAUCAUUAAAAAAUUAGCCCCUGGCUAGAGAGGCAAGUUUUAGAAUGAGUAAAAAAAAUCUUAUUUUGUUAAUUAACAAGGAAUAUUCUCAAAGGAUAGCUAGAUGAUUAGGGAAGUGCAUACUUAACAUUUGAUUUAUUGUUUUCUGUAAUGGGUAUUUGUUUACUGUGUAAUUUGUGAAUAGUUUUUCUCCCUGCAUUUAGAGAUUUUCCUGGUACUUUUGAUAUUAGCUUUUGAAAAAUUAGACUGGUAGACUUCUUUUUCUUGUGAAAGUUUUAUGUAUGUUGUAUUCUCUCUCUCUCUCUCUCUCUCUCUCUCUCUCUCUCUCUCUCUCUCUCUCAGUAUGUAGUAAAUACUAGGUAUCCAGGAGUGACUACUUUGGAAAUAUGUACCUUCAGUUUCUUCUGAUUUUAAGAAAAGAGAACUUUUUCAUAAUUCUUUAUCUAAAUUAAGUCACUGCUUGUGAUGUUGACAGAAAGUUAUAAUUUGGAGAUUGUUCUUGGCUUAAAGUCUGUGCCUUAACCUCAAAAGAGGCAAGACCCAGCACAGCAUGUAUGUAGCCACCAGAUUGUUGGAACUUUGUUUCUACUGUAUUGGCAUUGGUCAUCUGGGCAAGGCUCUUUAUUACCCAAAUAUAAGAUGUGAAAUAGACAUAGGACGAGGAUGAAAAGGAAGAAGUUGUAGAGAAGACUCAUUUCUCAGACUCCCAAAGGUGCUUGUUUUAACUAACACUUUUCCAUGCAUAAAGAGAAAAACACAUCCAUUAUUUUGCAAGGAUGUGAGUAGUGAUCUAUAAAAGCUAAUUAAACUUAUUAGUUAUAAUACAUUUUUAUGAAUAUGGGAAAACUGAUACUCUUGACAGUGAUAUAAUUUAUGAUGUUUAAUACAUUUUCUUAAAUGACACAAUAUUAUGUUCAAAUUAUAUAGAAUAUAGUUUGUGUUAUUCUCUUCAAAUUAUAUGGUUCACACACGUAUUAGAACACUACAUGUCCAGACCAUACUUGAUAGUUUGAAACUCAUAAUAUUCUCUAGUAAACAGGCUCCUAGAUUACAAAGUAUUUUACCUUCAGUAUUAAAUAAACACUACGUUGAAAAGUUCUGACAGGUACACAUCAUAGAGCUCAUAUCCACUGCAUCUGGGGCUUAGUCACAAAACAGGAUGAUGAUGGUUUAAGCAUGCAGAUAUUUUAAAUAUAUUUUACUAUUUUUAUUUUAUGUGUAUGAGUGUAUUGCCUGCAUGUAUGUGUGUAUCCGUGUUGUGCAAUGCCUCGGAGGUCAGAAGAGGGCGUCGGAACUGGAGUUAAGGACGGUUCAUAGCUGCCAUGUGGGUGCUAGAAAUCGAACCUGGGUCCUCUGCAAGAGCAGUCAGUGCUCUUAACUGCUGAGCCAUCUCUCUGGCCCUGCAUGUAGUUAUUUUAAAUUGUUAGUAUCGUAUGGCAAAACUAAAAGUUCUGUCUCAGAAAAGAUAGUGUUCUUAUGGUUGUAGCAGAACAGUGCAGCUUUGUCACUUUACAGAUUAUAUGAUGACUCAUAGACUUCCUUCACUCCUUUUCCCAGCAGUAAGAGAAUUAUUAAUCAGCUCUUUAAUUUCCUUGAGUCAGAAACCCUUCAAAACUGACUCUGUACCACACAUUCUGGGCUAUGGUUUCAUGACAUGGCAUGUAUCUCAGUGAGUUGUGAGUUGACACAGGAACCAUGAUCCCAUAAUUAUCAUCUUCAAAUUCAUGUAUUAAAUGUUUUUUUAAGUGAUUUUAAAAUGAUGUAUUUUAUAAUUAGUGGCAUUUUAGGAUUAGGAAACUAAUUUUUGAAUCAAUGAAAUAUGACAAUAUGUAAAUCACCUCUUCAAACAUUAAGUUGAAAUGACGUCGUUUCUCUCUGAAGUCAUGUACCUUUGUUACUUGUGAUUAAAUUUGUCUACUUUGUUUCUCUCUUUUUUUUUUUAAGGUAUUUUUUGAGACAGGGUCUCCCUGUAUCCCCAGCUGGCCUGGAAUUCAUUAUUUAGACCAGGCUGGCUUUGAACUCCCAAGAUCCGCCUUCCUCUGUCUCCCGAAUGCUGGGAUUAAAGGUGUAUGCCACCAUGCCUGGGAGUAUCUGCUUUGAAUGAAGAGCAAUGAUGGCCCUUUAGCUAAUGUACCGGGCCUUAGUGGGUACUAUGUGUGUACCUCCUCUUUUGUACUGCCAGGGUACAAAAUUUGAGAAAUGCACUGUAACUUUGGUGGGAAGGCAGGUUAGGUAGGGAUGGAUUCCUUUCACCUUGCUCCUUAGGACAUCCAUUAGCCCUGGAAUCCUGAUCUCACUCCUACCUCCCUAGGAGAAGAAGCCAUUUAAGAAGCAGGACUGGACAUGCUAGUCCCUCUCUCUCUGUUUUGGGCUUGUUAUGCCUCGUUGAAGCCACAUUGUGAAACUUGUUGAAAAGGGGAGACACCUGCUUACAGAACUGACCGUAGCCUGGGGAGAAAGUCUCUUUAAUUCAGGUUCAGUAUUGGUUGACCAUUAUUUGCAGUCAUCUAGUGUAGUCUUCAUGUCCCUGAUUUGUCUCUCAGGUGGUUCAGAGGCAAUGAGGGAACAUAGAUAAUUUAUGACUCCUUUAAUCCCUAACAAAGAUUAGUGUACAUUUCAAAGUAUGCAUGAAGUUUAGUAAAAACCAAAUGCAGGAACUAUUUUCUAAUUUUUGUUCUUUUUUAAUCAUGGAAAUAUCAUUAAAGUGAGUAAUGUUAUUUUACUGUUUGUUCACAGUAUUUAAGGAUCUACUGACUCGGAACAGUAAUAAACCACAAAAUUGGCUAGAUUUCAUUGGAAGGAAGGAAUGUGAAAUGAGUUAAGAUAUCCUCUACCUACUUCUGUCAGUUUUCUUAAGUAUAAUUUAGAUAACACCAAAAUGCAGCUGCUUUGUUUGAAGUUUGAAAAAUCUUGACAAAUGUGUGAAUGUUCACUUAACCUAUCACUGCCAUAAAAAUGUAGUCCUGUGUCUGUCACCUAAAAGGUCUCUAAACUCUUACACACUCUAGUUCCCCUCUACCCCAGUGCUCACCUCUGUUCAACUACUUGUCUCCUUGCUAUGGCUAUAAAUUAGAUUAGACUUUUAUGGAGUUACAAACAAAUAGAAUAUGUACUCUUGCAUCUCACAUAUUUUGCUUAGCACAGCAUUGAGGUGGUCCAUGUUAUUAUGUAUGUCAGUGAUAUGUUCCCUUUUAUUUCUUAGUAUUCUGUUAUAGGACUAUACUGCGAUUUGUUUAGCUAUUUGUAAUGAUGAACGUGUAGAUUGUCUUUAAGUUUUACUAAACUAUUAUGAAUAAAGCUGCUAUGUACAAAUUCCA